CUAAGUUUGACAUAUCACAUAGAUGGGAGCUCUCUCAGACAAAACAUGCUAUUGUUGCUAUCAUUGCUGGCUGUGGGAAGCCUUGGGUCUAUAAAGUGCAUAUUAUUAGGUGAUGAAACUGCCCUGAACGUUGGUGAUGUUGUUCAAUAUAAAGACUGCGAUGACAUUCUAAAGAGUGGAAAGUACCAAAAGCCAGGGGCGUAUCUUGUCUACCCCAACUCAUCUGAACCAAUCACUGUCUACUGCGACUUUGGUCUUAAUAUUGUCACGCACGUUAUUAUGCAGCAGAAGUACGGUCUCGUGUCCUUCAAUAAGUCGUAUAAGGAUUACGACUCUGGUUUCGGCAAUGUGAGCGAAGGUGAUUUUUGGAUUGGUCUGCAAAAUAUGACAAAGUACACUAAUGCAGGUUACAACGUGCUGACACUGACGAUGCAGGAUUGGUCAAACCAAACCAAGGUUGUCCGCUAUAAUAACUUUCGCCUUGGCACAGCUGCCGAAGGGUACCGGCUCACUAUCGGUGGAUACCACUCUGCGAACUCUGACCUCCCAGAUAAUCUCUACCACAACAACGGCGCGCGUUUUGCGACGCCUGACAAACCGGACACUCAAAAUUGUGCAACAAAUCAGGGCGGAGGUUGGUGGUAUAACUACUGCACGUUUACUCUGCCCACUGGUCACUACUAUAGUGGCGGCAGCUACACACCACCAGCGAGCUAUUACAAUGGCAUAUACUACAAGGACUGGCAUGGUUUCGCUUACUCCCUGAAAUACAUCAAAAUGGAACUGUCCACUGCCUAGAUUGGUGGAUUACUAUUUACUGUUAUCAACUCCUUCACACCCUUUUUAAAUGUGCCUUAAAAGUGACAUCCUAAUCUUUACAGAUUUUUUUUUUAAAUUUGCAUAUUCAUAUUGUAAAUUUUAAACGUCAUGUGACCAAUUCCUGUCCAUCCUAUGUAAUACGCAUUCAAGGUGUGGUUUAUGUUUCAUGAAAUGAUAUUUUUAUAA